AUGAGGUAUGCACCUCCUAUUUGGCUUGCUAAACAUAUUUCGUACAAUCCAGAAUUCUUUCCUGGUAUGUGCCUAAGAUUAAAAGAAUCGCGUGCAGUUAUAAUUGUCUUCACAACAGGAAAAUGUAUUAUUACUGGAGCAAGAUCAGAAGAAGAAAUUUAUUUAACUCAAGAUAAAAUAUAUAAUUCAAUUUCAGCAUUUUUAAAGAAAUCAAUCAAAAAAUGCUUGCAUUAAUUUCAGUUCUUAAUUCCAUCAAUAGUUCACCAAGUUUGUUCUCUCCCUCCCAAAUACUUGGAUCAUUGAGAAUAGGACUUUUUGGACUCAAUCCAUUACUCCAAUAUAAAUUUGAGUCGGAAGCAUGAGUAAUAAGGCCAUCUCCUGUUGCACGUAAUUGGUUUAAAAGCUGAGUAUUCUGUGUGAAUUUAGCCCAUAAACCUGUGUACAUAAUCUGGAAUAU